CACACGGAGGCGAUGUCUUUCCUGUGACCCUCCCUAACAGAAUUAAACCAGAGGACUCUACAGUGUGCCCUUUUAGAGCAUGCUAGAUGCUUGAGAGAGGAAUAUCCUGCUGACAUCUUACUGUAACCCUCAACAUUAUGGAAUUAUGGGUAUCUUGGGCCACACUGAUGUGUUUUACACACUGGAUUGCACUCACUGCAGCUGACCGAACAGUGCAGGUCGACCCUCCCACAGACAUACACGUGUCUGACCCAGGGCACCUGGGGCAUGUCUACAUCCACUGGACGACACCGGCUAGUCUGAAGAACAUUCCAGAAUGUUCUGUGCGUUAUCAGCUCCAGUUCUAUGACACUUACAGAGGAGACUGGACGGGAAUACGGACGUCCAGGCUCAGCUACUCUGCCCAGUUUGACUUGAUGAAGCCCAUCCGGGUGAGACUGCGUACCUUACUGAGGGGGAAAUGUACUAACGGGACGGAGAUCCAGAGUGAAGAGGUGGAGCUGAUACAGGAGCCUGACCUUAAAGGUACGGCUGGCUCCAGGAUAACGGGCUUUAACUGCGUGUACUAUAAAUGGGAAUAUAUGGACUGCACCUGGGAGAGUGGACCGGAUCAACCUCCACAUUCCCAGCUCUACUUAUAUUACUGGCACAGGGAGAUGGGGGAGUCAGAGGAGUGUCCGCAGUACCUCUACUCGGAUGGCGUCAGGAAGGGUUGUCGCUUCCCUCGACAAUCUCUCCUGGAAUACUCAGAUUUCAACGUGUGCGUAAACGGCUCUUCUCCAGCUAACGCACUGAGACCUGCUUUCUUCUCAUUACAGGUCCAAAUGCACGUGAAGCCAGCUGUGGUGAUGUCUCUUGCCCUAACAGAGGUCUCUAAUACAACAUUGCAUCUGGAAUGGACUAUGCCAGAGGGCCUUGUCCCAGAACAUUGCCUUGAAUACGAGGUGGAAACCCGAGGCGGAGAUGAAGCCAAAUGGGUGUGGCGGUAUACAAAUAUGACAGAGGAGACAACAUUUGAGGUUCCUUCAGUGGAUCAGAGUGAGAGGAUCUGUUGUCGGGUCAGGUCCAGAGUGCACAACCUUUGUGCUGACAUAGGGUUCUGGAGCGACUGGAGUCAGCCUGAAUGCAUGCCAGAUCCUGUGAGUGACACAAACCAGCCCUCACAGGUCACCUAUGUACUGGAUAUGAAGCUAAUAAUGGCACUGACCAUUGUUUUAAUUGUUGUCUUCCUCCUCUCCCUUUCCUUGUGGAUCUUCAGAAAAAUGUGGAUGAACAGAAAGGAUUUGAAAGGUGUUUUGUGGACCCUCGUCAGUGCCAAAGACGCCCAGAUCAACACCCCAACCAGCAGCCCCUGUGUGCUGUGAGCCCUACGCCCUUUGACCCCAGCACAGAGAAACUACUUGUCCUCUUUGCAAAACAGGGAUUGCACAGAGAUGCCACUGAGAAUGACAGGCACCUUCUCUCUCUCUCUCUCUCUGUCUCUGGCAUAAAGCUCUCUGUUGGCAGGGACCCUGUAACAUGCAUAAAUUUGUUGCAGAUGUGUUUGACGUGCAGAAACAGAAGCCCUGGGGAGCACACUGGGAAUGAGAUGCUGUGAGACUAAGUGUGCUUGUGCAAUCCAACAGGGAACAAGCAGUUCUGACUAUCCAUCAGGAGUUUUUCAACCCUUACAAACACUGUACAUUUCAAGGUUCUUCAUUAUAGUUUCAUACAUAUUAUUAAAAUAUAUAUACUCUGCCUAGUAUAAAUCCUUAUUUAAUCAACCUUAAGAGUAGUCCUAGAUUAAUUCGAAUGUGGCAAUUAUGAAAAUGUCAUCACAAACCGAAGUUGCAUUAGACGUAACACUUUGUUUAGGGAAAUGGUUAUGCCUGAAUAAAAAGGUAGAAGGGAUCACUGUGCCCUUCAGUGCCAGAGUGGGUGUGACCAAACCUGAUGUGGAUCUGCAGAUUAAGGUGUUGUUUUCAAAGGAAGUGCACUAUAGAGACAUGCAGAAUAGAAAAUAAAAAAUAAUCUAUCUUAGCAUGAAAAUGGUUUUCACUGAUCCCUCCCAAGCACCCACAUGGGAAACGUCUCAUCUUGUCCACUUUUAAUAGACAACCAUUUAAAAAUUCUUUGUUAAUCUACCAAAUGCGCUGAUUUUCUAUAGCAACUGAAACUGUUUUUUCUUAAAACAAAAUAACUGAAAAAAAAAACGCCCUAGGAGAGCUGGAAAUGAAAGCACAUUCAGCUUUACCUGAAAUUCAGCCAAGUAUGCAAGCUAUGAAUUCGCCCUUCCUCUGAUUUUCCAUGGCUCUCAGACAGGAUGCUGCACUGCUACAUGUCUACAGGUGCCACACCAGACAGUAUUCUACUGAAUGUACUCUACAUCUGAAUGUAUGUUUAUUUCCACAUACAACCUAAAGUUACUCAUUAGGCUUUAAUAAAUGCCAUAGUUCUUACAAAACUGUUUGUUUUAUCUGACUUUUAUUCUACGUGUUGCUAUAUUUUUAUAAUGUUGAUUUUUAAAUGUUGCGUGUUGUUGCCUCUAUUGUGGUAUUUAUGUCUGUGGAGAAGACUUCUAUCUUAAAAUAUUCUCAGUUCAGGAUGUUUACUUGUAGCAGUUCUCAGAGAUGGUUUGUGAGAUUUGCUUCGUAAAUUUGUGACUGAAUUGAAAUGAGACACAUAUGGGGUAGAGGUCAUGUGUUUGACCAGUCUGAAAGAAAUGUUGUGUAAUGUAUGUCAUAUUCCUAGUUUAGUACAUAUUUUUUUCCCUCAGUUCCAUAGUUUAGAA